AUGGCGUCGCCCAGCGAAAAAGACAGCGUCUCCCACACAAACCAGACCGGGUCCAAUGCUGCCACCGGCCCGGUAGACGUCUCCAUCGACAAGGAGACCGACGUGGAAGUUCCAGUCCCAGCGGGCGGCGUCAACGAACGGGCUCUCCUGCGCAAGCUCGACCUCACCCUCCUUCCGGCCUUGACGCUGCUGUACCUGCUCUCGUUCCUCGACCGAAGCAAUGUCGGCAACGCUCGGAUUGAAGGCCUGGCCAAAGACCUCAAGAUGACGGGCGACCAGUACCUCACCGGCUUGACGCUCUACUUCAUCGGCUACGUGCUGUUCGAAGUCCCCUGCAACAUCGUGCUGAAGCUCUGGACCCCGCGUGCCUGGCUGCCAACCCUGACGCUCGUCUGGGGCGUCGUCGCCACUCUGAUGGGCGUCACACAGUCCCGCGCCGGCUUCUUCGCCGUCCGCUUCUUCUUGGGCGUGGCUGAGUCCGGUCUCUUCCCCGGAAUUGUCUUUUAUCUGUCCAUGUGGUACAAGCGCAACGAGCGCCACUUUCGCGUUGCACUGUUCUUCAGUGCCGCCUCGCUGGCCGGCGCGUUUGGCGGCAUCCUGGCCUGGGGAAUCGCACAUAUGCGUGGCGUCGGCGGGUACAAUGGCUGGCGUUGGAUUUUCAUCUUGGAAGGCUUGCUGACCGUGGUUGUGUCGGCGGCGUCGUAUUUCUUCGUCUACAACUAUCCCAGCACCGCCAAAUUCCUGACCGACGAUGAGCGGGCGUUCAUCCACCAACGGCUCAGGGACGACAGCGACGCCACCCACGACGAGGGUUUCGCCUGGCGGAACGUGCGCAAGGCCUUCACCGACGUCAAGGUGUUUCUGUAUGCCUUUGGCUUCCACACCCUCUCGCUGCCCCUGUACACGCUGUCGCUGUUCAUGCCCUCCAUCAUCACCUCUCUAGGCUAUACCUCUGCACAGGCACAGCUGAUGACCAUCCCGCCGUACGCCAUCGCAUUCAUUCUGACUGUCACGUUGGCAUUGCUCUCGGAGCGCUACCGUCUGCGAACCCCGUUCAUCCUGGCGUCGUCGUCGCUCGCCGUGCUGGGAUAUAUCUUGCUAUUGUCCGACCAUCGACCCGGCGUCUCAUACCUGGGCACCAUCUUCGCCGCCGCCGGCAUCUACCCUGCUGUCGCCCUGACCCUUGCCUGGCCUGCCAACAACGUCAGCGGGCAGACCAAGCGAGCGAUCGCCAACGCUCUUCAGAUCUCCAUCGGAAAUCUCGGUGCUGUGCUGGGCACCCAGCUCUAUCGCACCGAGACGGCACCGCGCUACUACCUGGGCCACUCCUUCGCACUGGGAUACUUGAUUGCCAACAUUGUGGUCACCAUCACACUGUGGUGGACUCUGAGAAGAGAGAAUCGGCGGAAAGAGGCCAUGUCGUACAGUGGCGAUGCCGAUGCGCCGUGGCUCGGUGACGACGAUAUCAGAUGGAGAUUUCAUUUGUAG